AUUUAUAUACUAAGACUAAAAAAUCAUGGCUAUUCGUAUACCUCGAAUGAUCAAGAAGUCUUCCACAUAUGGAGAUAUUCCCAAGGGUCACUUUGUUAUGUAUGUCGGGGAGAAGCAGAAGAAGAGAUUCGUAAUCCCUAUAUCAUUCUUGAGUCAACCUGUAUUUCAAGACUUGCUUAGUCAAGCUAAAGAAGAAUUUGGCUUUGACCAUCCAAUGGGUGGUGUGACAAUUCCCUGCACUGAGGACUCGUUCAUUAAUCUUACAUCUCGCUUGAGGAAGUGAGAAGGAAAUCAACCAGUCACCAGAUUUUGCUACUCAAUUUUGUAAAGUAGGAUCUCCAGAGUGUACAGUUAAAAGAAACAGUAAUUUGAUAUUAGAAUGAGGAGAUGUACCACUCUCUAACUAGGUAGACUAAUGAAUUUAGCUCCAUAAAGAAUCGAGAUGUAUUACCUUUGU